AUGCGCAAAUAUAAAGCUCUGGCCGAGGGAGAUCUUCCACACUAUCAAAUAAAAGAUUCAAUCAAAGCUACCAACUCGCAUUUCUCCGGAUUGGGGCUCAAGUUAAACUUGAAGAGCGUUGAUCGUACCACCAACGCAACAUGGUUUAAUUAUGUCGCUCCGAACUUACCCACCAACACGGCCAUGAAAAACUCCCUGCGUAAAGGAGGCGCUGCCGACCUAAACAUUUAUACUGUUGGAUUCAAAGGUGGCCCAGGAAAGGGAUUACUCGGCUAUGCCACCUUUCCUUCCACCUAUGAAUCUAACCCAAAGGAUGAUGGCAUCGUCAUUCAGUGGUCCACAGUUCCUGGAGGUAGCAACGUCAAUUACGACGAAGGAAAGACACUUACUCACGAGCUCGGACACUGGCUUGGAUUAUAUCACACCUUCCAAGGGGGCAAUUGUUCAGGAACUGGGACUAUGUCGAUGAUACCCCUUCCGAAGCAACCCAUCGGCCGGAUGCCCGGUUGGAAAAGAUACGUGCCCAGAUGGUGGCGUAGACCCAAAGGGAUAUUGUUCGCCCCGGAUUCUCCGAUUACUUGCUCUAUUCUGGAGACCACAAAUCCGCGCGAUAUCAAGGCCCUCGGAAGAAUGGUUCCAAACUUUGACGAGGCGAUCUGGAAGCGCGAGCGUUUAAACAUCAUAAUCGAAGGCUCGCGUCUCAAGUUCGAGCAAAGCGAAUAUCUAAAAAUAAAGUUAUUAGCCACAGGAGACAGUGAGCUUGUUGAAGCAAGUCCUUUUGAUCGAAUAUGGGGUAUAGGUUUUGGCGCAAAAAGUGCUCCAAUGAAGCGUGACAAAUGGGGAGAAAACCUACUGGGGAAAGCACUUAUGAUUGUACGACAGGGGCUUAAAGGCAAAGCUGCUGGCGACGAUGUGGAUUCUGAACCUGAUCCGGGUCAGGAAGAGGCUCGUUGGGGGACUAGCUCUCCUCAAUUAACUAAGUUUUGUUGCAAGAAUUAUUUUAUAUCUGAAAUAUCCCUCCACAAUCAGGCCGUGCAUGCAGCAAGCGGCUUUCAUGGUAUGCACGUAUGCGACAGUUCCCGCUCCAUUGGCAAUUCUAAUUAG